GCGCGGGGUCCUUUGGCGAACGCCCGCCCCCUCGACUCUUUUCAUGGCGCCGGCUCAGCGGGGAUACUGGCUUCAGGACGUCGGGUCCAGAGGCGACAUGUAUUACAAGUUCAGCGGCUUCACCCAGAAGCUGGCUGGGUCUUGGGCUUCGGCCGCCUACAGCCCGCAGGGUUUAAAACCAGUGGCACCCUCAGAAGCACCACCUAUUAUAUUUGCUACACCAACAAAAUUUGCCUCAGAGACAACUACCUAUGAUUAUGCUGGGAAAAACAAGGUUCCACAGCUGCAGACAUUUUUUCAGAAAUCUGAUGGUAUACCUGUCCACUUGAAAUAUGGCCUACCUGACCAAAUGCUCUAUCGGACCACCAUGGCUUUGACCCUGGGAGGGACCAUCUACUGCCUGAUAGCCCUCUACAUGGCUUCACGACCCAAGAAUAAAUGAGUCAAAGUUCACAAGACUGAUUUAUUAACCAGAGUUUUGGCAUAAAACCCUUUGAAUUUUCUGUUUUCCUAAUUGCCAGUGAAUUCACUGACCUGUGUGGUUUAUAUUCUUCAGACAGAAUUUGAAGGCUUAUCAAUAAGUGAAUGUUUUGGUUAGUUGGUUUGUGAAAAUAAAUGCAUUAUCAGAGCACAUUAAAGAGUUAGCUAUUAUUUAAACAAAGGUGAUGAUGCCCCUAUAAUUUGGGCUCCCUUAUCUCUCCAGAGGUUGGCAGGCUGGCUCAUUAACAAUUCACUUGAUGAAGCCACCAGGGAUUUGUUGUGCCUUUCAGAGGCCCCUCGAGAAAGAGAGACUGCAAGUAGGGGAAGCAUUUCUGUAACCAGAUGUGCUGACUGAGGAAGGGGGCGGGGAUUCACUGAAGCCAGAACCAGUGACAGGAAGUCCUUUGCCUUCCUGGUGCCAAAAAUCUGUUCUUUCUGACACCACAAAUUUCACUAGGAAUUUAAUUAGCUGUUAAUUUGGGGAAAUUUUCCAUCUUGCAGCAUGCUGUUCAUAGAAAUUUUUUUUUGUUAACUAUCUAUAUACCCAUAACUUUGCCAUGUAGUUUCAAAAGGGUUAUAUGCCUGAUCUCUGGCCUCUUUAAAUAUUCCAGAGAUGAAGAUUCUGUAUUUAUUCCAUGGGAACAGAACAGCUCUUAAUAAAGUUUUGCACUUUGGACUGGACUGUUGUACAGUUCAUCUCUCCUGGCGAUUCUCCUUUACUCUUGUUAAAUGCUCUAGCUUUAAGGUAUAAUUUAUUUUUGCUUGUGGAAUAAAUACAUGAAUGAGAA